AGUCGUAUUCCACAGAUUAUGCUCCUUGCAAUCUCACUUAAUUCUGUGCCUCCAUCAAACCGCCAUGUUAAUUGCAUGCCAUGCUCGCUGUGUAAGUGCGCAUGCGUGUGCAGAGUUACGGAUGUUACGGCGCCGUGCUCAUCCGUUGUUGUUCGUGGUAGAAGUCUCCAAGGGGAGACCGAGUAUCCGUUUGCAAGAAUCUGCCGGUAAUUUGUGCUGUGUCAUUGCAACGGCCCUCUAAGUGUUUCCGAUGCAGUGUUGUGCCAGUUUCUUUCACUUUGUCACCGGCUGCAACGUUCCCGUGGAAACAACAGCUUCCAUCUGAGGAAGACUUCGAACCAGGGACCACGGCAAGAGGAGCUCCGCCCAAACCGUAACGGUACCACCGAGGAGUUUGCUGGAGGUGCUGAGGAAAGGCACGGAGAAUCUCAGUCCGGAUGGUCAAUACGAGCCGAAAGCGAUACGCAGCCAGCCAGCUCGACAUGGUUGUCCAACGAGGCACAUCAACUUGGACUGUGGGUUCUGCUGGCACUCAGCAGCAGCAUCAACAAGCACAGCAGCAGUCACCGCAUUUUAUGAAACAUGGUCAAGAUUAUGAUACAAACUCUGUGAGAGCAUCUUCUGUUGUAGUAACAGACUCCUCUGCCUUGCGAUGCAAUGUUGUUGUACCAUCUUCAGCCCCGUUGGUGGAUUCUCAAACUCAAGUUGAAUGGAAGAAUACGUUCAACAUGCGGCAAGUCACCCUCUCGAACCUGGCUGUCAGUCAGCUUGGAUUACGUCCCUCCCACAGGCCGCAGAUCCCGGUAAACAGACUCCGGGGGAGCUGCAUCACGAGCACCGCAAAGUCGCUGGAUAUCCUCCGACAGAACAUCCAGUCUGCCAUCAACAAGGAGAUAGAUGCGAUCAUUAAGAAAUAUCUGGAGAAGUUCUUUCAGCCUGCAGUGGAUAACAUAAAGAGCAACUUGGGAGCCAGUAGCGUGUCUGAGGAGCACGUGAGAGAUGUAUGCCGUCAGAUCCUGGAGGAUGCAAAGCAGAUGUACUGCAGUAAUUCACAGUCCAGGGGCAGCUCACCUUUCAAUGAGCACAGUGAUUCUGAGACGGGCAGUAUCGGGGAGUAUCGGUUUGGCAGACCAAACACACGUAGUCCCUUGUUCCGGAAGAGGAAAGAAUCUGAUACUGAUUCGGAAGCCAGUCAGUCAGCACGCAAAAAACGAAGCAAACCUCGCCCUCCUGGAAAUUUUCCAUCAGGCCGAUCUACACCUUUAAAAAUAGGCAGAGGAGAAUCAAUUCGUCGAGAUGGGCCAAAGUGGGAUCCUGCUAGAAUUGGGAAAGAAACCGUUUUCGUUAUGGGUGCAAGGGCUAACAAGGUGCUGGGCUUUGGCCAAACACGAGGCCGUCUGUACAUCAAGCAUCCAGGGCUGUUUAAAUAUUCUGGAGACCAGGAAGACAAGGAGUGGCUGUCUAGACACAACCUGAUGCCUCCUACAGGUGGUAAAGCAUACCUUAUGGUCCUGGAAGAUAUCAGGGAACUUGCUGAAACUGAUGACUACAGGAACAAUCCGAAUCUGCUUCUUCAUGAGUUGAAAGGCUUUCACGCACCAGGAUUUAUGUUAAAGAAGAUCCGUGCCCAUGCAAGUUAUAUGCGCACAGACCAUCUUCUUGAAUUACAGAAACCAGGACAACAUGGUGAUCUGUGUGACGGGACAGAAACAGGUUUUGCUGUGAUGCAAAGUAGGCUGGGACUUGCUGUUGACUGCAUAUCGUCUGCCAUGACACCACCAGCUACUGUACUGGAUUCAGGUCCUCCAACGCCAUCAGAAACUGCUCUGGACCUACUGGAAUGCCCAACGACAAUGACCAUGUUAACUUCCCAGAAUUCUGAUGGGUCUCCAUACAUGAACUUACAAGAAGUUAGUCCUGAUGGGUCCCAUCACAACCUCCUGUCCCCCAGAAAUUCUGCUGCCAUCAUAACUUCACACGGCCUCGUUUCCACAUCACACCACAACCUGGUUACAGCAUACACCCAUGUAGACACUAUGGGACUGCAAGCAGUAGCCUCUGGCACGACAUCUAUGUCAGCAUCUCAUGCCACACUGUCAGCCCUGUUGGCCGGCCAGAUAGCGAGUGAUAAUUCACAGGAAGGGCUCGAGUAGCGGCACACAUGUAAAUUGUUAUGAAGUUGUGCUGUGCCUUGAGAAAGAUAGCAGAAGAGUUAAAUUUACCCUCUUCCAUACCCGAGGCUUAACUUUUGGACACUAAACAAUAAUUUGCAUAAUUCUUCAAUGUAUCAACUCUCAUAUCGCCAAGAUAAGCAAUUGGUGCCAAACUUAGGCAUAUGACCAUAUCGUGCCACACAAGAGCGUUUAUUUUUAAAAGGACCGCAUCUUUUAACUUAUUGCAUCAGCUGAAGAGAACAGUGAACUGUCUAGAAAUAUAAGAUAUUUUUGUUGUGGAGGAAAUAUGGAAUACCAUAGUCCAGAAACAGUUCAGUUGACCUGUUUUUCUAGAAGUGUUCAUGAUAAAGGUUGAUUUGUACAAAUUUUUAAAUACCAAAGUCCAGAUAUAAGUGUACAAAGUGCUACUUGAAAUUUGUCCUAUUAAAAGUGUUCAUGCCAUGUUGUUAUGUUUGAUUCCUUCUGAAAUCUCAUGUCAUCCAUAUGGUAUAGUUUCAGGUAGAAGCAAAACUUACAGGUUGGAAAACUAGAAGCAAGACACCGAUUUCAAGUUUUCAGAGUCAAAAGACUUGAUUUGGAACAUAUUGUACAGGAAUUGUGGCUGUAGUUCAGACAUUCCAAAACACAACUGUGGUGUUCAUGUCCAUCUUGAAAUGCUUUUAUUUUUUACCCAGAAAUGUUCAGUCUGGUUAGCUUUUACCAGCCACCAUUGCAUUGCAUUAUUGCACUGGCAUGUGCAUCCAGUCCAGCUGACCAAACAUCGAAUUUUCAAUACUAAUAUAAUUACUUUUAGGCUAAAAUAUGGCUGCCAGUCCAGUAGUUCUAGGAGACUUAAAAUCUUUCAUUCCUGGACAAUAAAGGUUAAUAUAUUUUUUUUUGGAUUCUAAAGGGUUUUGACAGUGGCAUAUAACCCUUGGGAUUACUGGGUUUUUGCAAUUUUCCCGUUGUUAAAAUAUAAACCAAAAUAAUUAAAACAAUGGAUCUGUUUCCAUCCUCAGGUGAGGGAGUGGGAGAUACCUACCAUGUUGGGUCCGUUAGCAAGAGCUAACAUCAGUUAAUGGACUGGUUGUGUUGUGUUUUUUUAGAAUUUGGAUGAUGAAUGAAGUCCAGAAACCCAGUAAUCCUGAAUAUUUUUCUUUGUUUAAAAUAUAUGUCAUGUGGAGAAGUUGACAUGAACAAUGUAAUCCACCAACAUAAUAUGUUUUGUGUAAAAUGAUUUUUGUGUAUAAUCAAACUUCCUGUAAAGUAGGUUCUCAAUGGUUCUGAUGGUGUACUCAUAUAACACUCAGAAUUACUGUGUUUUUUGACUUCAUCCAAUGUCUAAUAUUCUAAAAAAGUAAAAAAAAACAACAAUUCAAAAACUGGGUCUGUUUCUGUCCUGAUGGGAGGGAGGAGACGUCUACUUUGUUGGGUCUCUUAGAAAGAGCUUGUGCUGAGGUCCAGAAUACAUGGAGCCUAAAUUCUGUAGCAUGCAGAUUAGGAAGAAGGAAAGACUCACCUUUGCUUGUAGAUGUGUCACAUUGUGAUGCUUAUUCUUUUAGAAACCAAUCUUGCAUUGUGUGAAUUUUACAAGUGUAAUCUAAAAUUGUCUUCAAGCACACUGAAAGCUGGUGUAGUAUUCUAUGCAAUUUUAUUUUUAAGCCACAGGCAUCUCCCAUCGUAUCUGAUUCCAUGUGAAUCUUUUUUACUGCUUUUAUUUGAUUUUUAUAAUGAAGACUAAUAAGAUUAAAUUGUUUGUCUAGAACAAAAGAAUUAUGAUUUGUAAGUGGCCAAAGUGAAUGGUAUUAAAGUUAAUUCAAUUAUAUAUUUGUCGGUGGAAAGUAAAAUCGGUGUACUUAAAUGAAUAUCGUACGUGAGCAAAAUUUCUGAGUUACGUGACCACUCUUGGUGAUGCAGUUAUCAGUUAAACAGGGGCAUGCCGAUAUCUUAAAUGUGAAUGACAUUGUUAUUUAGCUGCUCUGCCUGGUGAGGUUUACAGAUUGAUAUUCAUGACUACCCACAUAUUUAAAAUAUUUAGUUGAUAUCUUGAGAAAUUUCUUCAGGUUCCAUCAUAGCAUAACCUCAAAUGAAAUCAAACCUGCUUGAUCAAGAGUGUAAACGUUUCACCUUGGUGCCACUAAUGUUAAUUGCAUAUUGCAGAAUUCGACAAUAACUUUUUUUUUAUGAAUUUGUCAAAUUUGGGUUUUGGCAGAUAUUGAAGGUAUACUGGAUAACACUUUACAUAAAUGUAUAAAGUCCAUUUUUUUUAUGUUUAAACUUUGUCGCCGAUGUGUAUAACAUUACUGUAGCAAUAUGUGUAUGUGGUCAAACUGAUCAAGCGUUGCAUUUUUUAAUACCAGAGUCAUUACCCUGAGUUAAACAUAUUGCCACCAUCCCCAUAGUACCAGGAGGUCUAAAUCCCCUAUUCCUGGGCUGUUAACUCUUACCCUAAAGUAAAAUCUUGCCACCAGUCCUGUUCUACCGGUGGAUUCAUUCUCGCAUUCAUGGACAACAAAGCUUAAAUAAUGUUUCUUGAUUUUAUGCCAAAACAUAAUUUUUAAUAUUGUGUAUUAGAAUUUGUUUUGUUAUUCAGUGUGCUAUGCCAUUUGUAAACAAAACACAGAUUUGAGCCAUAAUACCAAAGAUAAACUUCUCCAAAUUUCAUGUUAAUAUUAAAAAUUAUUAAAUUUAGUUAAAUCUUACCUAAAAAUUAAAGAAAAAAUAACAGAACCUAGUAAUCACCCACUCUAUGAAGUAUUGUUCUUAUGUACAAACUGAUUGUCACUCAUCUUGUCAAGAAAUUCCUGCCUUUUCUGGAACCCCAGUGUACAUUACUGUGUUCACAACAGCCCACCACUGGGCCCCAGUAUGAACAACUUUCUCCAGCUCAUGUCCUCACGUCCAGUACCCUUAAGAUCCAUUUUGGUACCCUUCCAUCUGUGCCUUGGUAACAUAAGUGGUCUCUUCCCCUUCACUUCUGCAGCUAAAAUAUUGCACUUAUUUCUCAUCUUCCCAUGCAUGCUACAUGUCAUGCCCAUAUCAUCGUGUAUUGUUUGAUCACCUUAAUGACAUUUAGGAUAGAGUACAAAUUAUGAUGGUAAUAUACAAUUCUUGUAUUUUAAUUUAAGGCUCUGAAUUAUCAGAAUGGAAGAUAAAAACUUCUGAAUGGAUGGUAGCAAGAAUUCUGUGAAUUCCAUGCCCUGGCUCUUUUGUGAAUGUAAUCUGCAUUUGUCACUAUUGCCCCACCCCUCACAUAUUUUAAAUGCAUCACAUUCCUUAUGGAUCUGUUACCCAUUUUUAUAUUAUGAUUUUGUUCCGCAUCUUGGUAGUAAGAAAUGAACAUAUGCUUCGAAGAGCAGAAUCUUCUGGGUUGCCAUGCAGUGUACAUCAGUAGAAACUGGGUGACAACCCUCCAGAAUUUCAGUGAUCUUCCACCAACCCAGAUCAUAAUCAUCAUAAGCACAACUGUGAGAACCUCAGAUCCAAUGUAUUCUUUGUUUUAUGGACCAGCCUCCUUACUAGGAACUGAUAAAAAUUCUCUGCCUUAUUUAUAAUUUUUAUGUUCUCACAGGGUGACAUGGAUGGGUCACGUAUUAUGCGUGGGGGAACUGAGAAAUUCUUACAAAAUUUGAGCCAGAAAACUUUAUUUCUCAGGUGACGUAAACAUACUUGGAGGAAUAGAUUCUAAAGGGUUCUGACAGUGGUACAUAAUGCUCAGAAUUACUGAGUUUUUGGACUUUGUCAUCAAGUAUUAUAAGAACGUAUUUUCUAGUUUUUAGAAUACUGGGUGAUGGACAGCUAAAAAAACUCAGUAAUUCUAAUACAUGGAGGAUAAUAUUGAAAUUGAUCUUACAGGAAUAGAUAUUAAAAAUGUUGAUGAUGCUACAGUCUUAGCAGUAGGCUGUUGUGAACACAGUGUGAGGACAGAAGGGAAUUAUGCGACUUGCUUAGCAGUGUUUAUCAUUUUAAUGAGGACUGUGCCCUGGAGUUAUGUAUGUUGCCCAACAUAUUAACUUCACUGGUAUCCACUAGAGGUUUAUGUGAUCCAUUUAAAGUUUUUAUGUGGCAAAAAGGUCUGUCACUAAAGAACUACUGCAAGUUGCAUUGUUAUCCCUGAUUAAACAGUCUAUUGAUAUAUAAAAAAUAGGUAAAUUCUAAGUGGUUCUGAUAAUGAUAUAUUACACUUCGGAUUCCUGUGUUCCUGGACACUGUGGCCUUGUAUUCCAAAUGGAGUACAACAUUUUGGAAAACUGGAUCUGUUUGUGGACUGCCUCUGUGGUCUAGUGGUCAGAAUUCCUGGCUACAGAUCC